AAACCCGAGCAGAGCUAUGGCGCUACUCCCCCAAAACUCAAUAAUAUUUUCUUGGAGCUUAAAACCAAAAUCGACAUUCACAGCACUUCUUGGCAGCUCUUUGAACACCAAGAAAUCCAUUUCACCAAGACGGCUGUCUUCUCCUUCUUCCCUGUUCUCUAUCCGUUGUUAUUCUGUUCUCUCUCAACGGCCCCUCAGAUAUGCAGUCCUUGGUGCUGGCUAUGCUGGGCUGUCUGUGGUUUGGCAUUUGCUGCAAGAGCCAAAUGUCACUGCGCACAAGGGAUCUGCCCGCUUUGAGUAUAGUCCCGACUCCCCAAACAGUCGUUCCCAACACAGUCCGAAGGAGGCACCGCUUUUCAUUGACAUAUAUGAUGAAAUUGGCAUUGGUGGAGGUGCAUCUGGAAUGUCUGGUGGACUCCUUCAUCCAUACUCUCCUAAAGUUAAGCUUCUCUGGAAAGGGGAAGAGUGUUGGAAGGAGAGUUUAAAUCUUCUAAGGAUAGCUGAAAAUGCUAAAUUUUCCCAAUCAUCAAAUGUUGAAAAACAAGAUCAUGGUCAGAAUGAAAAUAACUUUAUGGUUAGGAGAAGAGGUAUUCUGAGACCUGCGCUCAGUUCGAAGAAUAUGGACACUAUGAUUAAUAAUGCUCAGGACUUCCUUGCCAGCUGUAGAAUAGAGACGAUUAAUAGAGAAUCUGCACAUAAUCUUGUUCCAAGUUUGUUUGUGCCUCUGGAUGUGGCUUUUCACAUGCCUGAAGCUGUCAAUGUUCAUUCCCAAUACUAUCUCGAGGCUCUCUACACAGCAUGUCAAAAUGCUGCGAAAGACUUAUCCACUUCGGGUGUUGCACAUAAAGAGUUGUGCUUGCACAAAAAAUCUAUUGAUGGCCUCCUAGAACUUGCAGGGGAGUAUGAUGCGGUGAUCAUAUGCCUUGGUGCCAGAGCAGCUUUUCUCCCUGAGUUGUCGGGAAGGCUCCCUUUGCGGACAUGCAGGGGCGUUAUUGCUCGCCUGAGGAUUGAUGAUCAUGUUAGAGAGGAUUAUCCUGAUCACGGCCCGUCAAUAUUAGCGGAUGCAUGGCUCGCUAUUCAGGGACCGCGAGAUCUCCACGUGGGCGCCACAUGGGAGUGGAAGUCAAGAAACUAUUCAAGGGCGGUUUCCGAAGGGGAAGCAACCAAAGCUCUGGAAGAGCUUCUGCAAAAGGCAUCCACAGUGUAUCCGGGCAUCAAGAAGUGGAGUGUCAGAGGUUUGAGCGCAGGCCUAAGGGCAAUGCCACCGCUCACUCCUCAAGGGUCGCUUCCUCUCUUGGGUUGUGUCGACGAGCUUGUUGGAUGUAAAGAAGCAGGCAAGUUGUGGUUAUUUACGGGGCUCGGUUCAAGGGGUUUGUUGUAUCAUGGUUGGCUAGGCAAAGUUAUUGCACAGGCUGUUCUCUCCGGUAUUGAGGGGUUCAUCCCUUUAGAAUUGACUUCAUGGAAGCAUAAUGUAGAGCUCUAACUAAUGUGAAUUUUUGGCAUUUUGUUCACUAAUCGCCAAUGGCGUUUGGUUCAAGUUAUAUAAAAUAAUUAAGAUUAUAUUUUCUUGGGAA